AUGCUGAGAAAUCUCUUCAGUGUCUGUCGUAGAUUCGCUUCCUCCGAUUCUCCGAGAAAAGUGGUAGUUUGUGCAAACGGAACGAUCGCCGCGUGGCAUCCACCUCAAGAGUUCCCAUACGAGCACACGAAACCAAUCGAUCUGAGUGCGUUGACGAAAAAAGAUCAGAGCUCUCGUUUAUCAGCAGCCGCGAAAGCUUCUGCAGUACCACGUGAACCAAUCAACGCUGAAUUGAAGGAGAUCUUCUACACAAGCAAACACGAGUGGUACACGAGGUAA